CAGUUUAUAAAAUAGAAACGAGAUGGAAAGUGAACGUCAUCGAAGAAAAAAAAAGCACAUGAUUCACGUUACACGAGCAGUCUGACUCCCUGACAGUCUAAGCAAUAUGGCGAAUUAUGUCAUGAGCUCGAUAGAACACAGUGUGGUUUAAAUGAUAGGAAGUUCGCGUUAUGGGGUGAGAAUAAUGUAGCGUUUAGAAAAAUCGUGUGAGUAACGAAAUUGUGCAUUCGGAGUACCUUGUGAUUUUACAAUCGGGAUACACAGUGUACGUUACCGGUGUGAAACAUGGCCACGGAUAAGAUAAAGGUUGCUGUUCGAGUUCGACCGUUCAAUAGAAGAGAACUCGAACUUGGGACACAAUGCGUCGUCGAAAUGUCUGGCCAGCAAACUGUUCUACAACACCCGAUAACAAUGGACAAAAUAGAUCGAAACAAGCCAAAGACAUUCGCAUUCGACCACUGCUUUUACUCGCUGGAUCCGAGUUUAGAAAACUUUGCGAGUCAAGACGUUGUCUUCAAUGCAUUGGGUCGAGAUAUUUUGGACAAUGCAUUCCAAGGAUACAACGCCUGUAUCUUCGCUUAUGGACAAACCGGUUCGGGAAAAUCUUAUACGAUGAUGGGAAGCGGUGACAACAAAGGCAUAAUUCCCAGGUUAUGUGACAAUCUUUUCGAUAUGAUUGCCAAACAACAGAGCUCUGAAUUAACGUACAAAGUUGAAGUCUCUUAUAUGGAAAUCUAUAAUGAAAAGGUGCACGAUUUGUUGGAUCUAAAGCCAAAUAAACAGUCCCUUAAAGUUAGAGAGCACAAUGUUUUAGGUCCUUAUGUAGAUGGUCUUAGUCAACUUGCUGUGACCUCAUUUCAGGAUAUAGAUAAUUUAAUGACAGAAGGUAACAAAUCGAGAACGGUAGCGGCGACAAAUAUGAAUUCGGAGAGUUCACGUUCGCAUGCCGUUUUUUCUGUCAUUCUCACUCAAACGUUGACAGAUUCAAAAAGUGGUGUCAGUGGUGAAAAGGUGUCGCGUAUGAGUCUCGUCGAUUUGGCAGGAAGUGAGAGGGCUGUGAAAACGGGAGCUGUUGGUGAUAGACUCAAGGAAGGAAGCAAUAUAAAUAAAUCACUAACUACUUUAGGACUAGUCAUCUCAAAAUUAGCGGAUCAAAGUUCCAGCGUGAAAAAUAAAGAUAAAUUCGUCCCCUAUAGAGAUUCGGUUCUAACUUGGCUUUUAAAAGAUAAUCUCGGUGGUAAUAGUAAAACUGUGAUGGUAGCGACAAUAUCGCCGGCAGCUGAUAAUUAUGAAGAAACACUUUCGACACUUCGCUAUGCAGACAGAGCGAAGAGAAUUGUCAAUCAUGCUGUGGUUAAUGAGGAUCCAAAUGCAAGAAUAAUUCGCGAGCUGAGACAGGAAGUUGAGGCAUUAAAAGAAAUGCUUUUACAUGCAACGGGUCAAGGCUCGGUUGUUGUUCAAAGACGUACAGACAUCACUGAAAAACUCUCUGAAUCGGAACGAUUAAUGAAAGAAAUGUCACAAACAUGGGAGGAGAAAUUAGUGAAAACUGAGAGGCUUCAACACGAAAGACAACAGGCUCUCGAAAAAAUGGGUAUCAGUGUUCAAGCCUCUGGUAUACAAGUGGAGAAAAACAAAUAUUAUUUAGUUAAUCUCAAUGAUGAUCCUAGUCUCAAUGAACUGUUGGUGUAUUACUUAAAGGAAAAAACUUUGGUUGGUGGUCGAUCUGCAAAAGUCGAGCAAGAUAUUCAAUUGCAUGGCUUGGGAAUUUUGCCCGAACAUUGUGUGAUAACAAUAGAGGAAUCUGGUUUAUUUAUGACCCCAUUGAAUGGUGCUAGAUGUUUCGUUAAUGGCAAUCAAGUCACGGAAAAAACACCAUUGCUUCAUGGCGACAGAAUCGUUUGGGGCAAUCAUCAUUUUUUUAGAGUCAAUUGUCCUAGAAGUUCGACAGCGCUCAACAGUGAACCACAAACACCAGCACAAAAUAUCGACUACAAUUUUGCUCGUGAAGAACUUAUGCUCAAUGAACUGUCAAAUGAUCCAAUUCAAAGGGCGAUUGCAAGGCUUGAAAAACAACACGAGGAGGAUAAACAAGUUGCACUGGAAAAACAAAGAUUAGAAUAUGAACGACAAUUUCAACAAUUACGAAAUUUGGUGUCACCAUCGACUCCUUAUGCACCUUACAUGCCUUAUGAUCCGCUGCGCGGUAAUCAAGGUGGUAAACUUCCUGCAUGCACACCAACAACUCAAAUGCGAGUUGAGAAAUGGGCACAAGAGCGGGACGAAAUGUUCAAAAGGAGUUUGGGUCAGUUAAAAACUGAUAUUCUCAAAGCAAAUUCUUUGGUACAAGAGGCAAAUUUUCUUGCUGAAGAAAUGGAGAAGCAGACAAAAUUCAGUGUCACUUUGCAAAUUCCACCAAAUAAUUUAAGUCCAAAUAGAAAGAGUGUAUUUUUUCAGCGUGGAGCCUUUGUAAGCGAACCUGCGAUUUUAGUAAAGAGAAUCAAUAUGGGAAGUCAAGUUUGGUCGAUGGAAAAACUAGAAAAUAAAUUGGUCGACAUGCGGGACAUGUACGAAGAACGAAAAUACUCUAACAAUUGCCAACGGUUGUCAGCCGUUAAGGAUGAAGUGCCUGGAAAAAUUCAAGAUCCAUUUUAUGAGACCCAAGAGAAUCAUAAUUUAAUUGGCGUGGCGAAUAUUUUCUUGGAAGUUUUAUUUCACGAUGUACGAUUGGAUUAUCAUACACCAAUAAUUAGUCAACAAGGUGAAGUUGCUGGACGACUUCAAGUUGAAAUCAGUCGAAUAUCGGGACAAUUUCCACAGGAUCGUAUUUGUGAAGCGGCAUCAGAAUCGUCGACAGAUUCUGGUUCUUCUGAAUAUGAUGAUUAUUCGGGUUCAAGUCACAUUACAUGCCGUGUGACUAUUAAACAAGCGAGUGGUUUACCAUUGUCAUUAAGUCACUUUGUAUUUUGUCAAUAUAUUUUUUGGGGACAUCCAGAACCCAUUGUUGUACCACCAUGUCCGUCGUCUGAAUUUUCCGAUACAAAUUGCGUUUCAGGACAAAAAGAUUCUCUUGCAUUUAAAUUCGAUCACACAAAAGACUUUACUGUUUUAAUUAAUGAAGAAUUUAUGGAACAUUGCUCGGAAGGUGCAUUAAGUAUAGAAGUUUGGGGUCAUAGAAGUGCGGGUUUUUCACGCAGUAAACCUGGUUGGGAAGUGGAACAAAAACAAUUGGCAAAAGCAAGAUCAUUGGCAGAUAGAUGGUCGGAAUUGACGAGAAAAAUUGAACUUUGGGUGGAAAUUCAAGAAUUGAAUGAACAAGGAGAAUAUACUCCUGUUGAAGUCGUUGCCAAGCCAGACACAUUGACAGGUGGGAUUUAUCAGUUACGACAAGGCCAACAACGAAGAAUACAAGUUCGAGUGAAACCGGUACAAAAUUCAGGAACAUUGCCAAUAAUCUGCCAGUCAAUUUUAAAUAUUGCAGUUGGCAGUGUCUCUGGAAGGAAUCGAUUUCAAAAUCCUUUGGACAGUUAUCAGGACGAGGAUCUUAGCAUAUUACGGGAAAAGUGGAGUGACGCUUUAAUGAGAAGAAGACAAUAUUUGGAUCAGCAGAUACAAAAGCUCAUUAAUAAACAUGAAAAAACUGAACAGGAGAAAGAGAGGGAACAAAGUCUGGUGGAUCAAUGGGUGAGCUUAACGGAAGAAAGAAAUGCCGUAUUAGUUCCUGCAGCAGGUUCAGGUAUUCCCGGCGCACCUGCUGAUUGGAAUCCACCAUCUGGCAUGGAACCACAUAUUCCAGUUUUAUUUCUUGAUCUCAAUGCUGAUGAUCUCUCAACACAUCAAUCAGGCGAAGAAGUAUCCGUUAGUGGAUUAAAUUCAAUUUUACCAAAAGAACACGGGCACAAAUUUUACAAUUUACCAAUUAUUCGACAUCUCGAGAAGGAUGUUUGUGCCACGGCGCCUUGGGAUUCGAGUAUACACGACAGUGUACAUCUUAAUAGAAUCACGGAUGCUAACGAAAGAGUGUUUCUUAUUCUAAAAACUACCGUCCGUCUUUCUCAUCCAGCACCAAUGGAUCUUGUUUUACGCAAGAGACUCUCUCUUAAUAUUUAUAAAAGACAAAGUAUAACUGAAAGAAUUUUUAAGAAAAUUGGACGAACCGAUUGUUUAUCACAGACUGGAGUUACGUACGAAGUAGUUUCUAAUAUACCAAAGGCUAGUGAGGAGUUAGAAGAUCGCGAAAGUUUGGCACAAAUUGCCGCCAGCGGCGAAGACAGCAAUUUAUGUGAUGGCGAAACUUAUAUAGAAAAAUAUACUCGUGGUGUUUCGGCUGUGGAAAGUAUUUUAACGUUAGAUCGUCUAAGGCAAAAUGUAGCCGUGAAGGAGCUUUUGCAAGCACAGGGUCAGCCUUUGAUGCGAAAGACAGCGAGUGUCCCCAACUUUUCACAGAUCAUGAGAUUCGAUACGUCAAUGGACUCCUUAAAUGUAACUCGUUCCGAGAGUGUAACAGACCUAAAUUCAGAGCUAAGUAACCUAACACUCUCACGCAGAGCAUCUUCAGGACACGCGAGGAACGAUGACAAUUUCUUGACGACACCGCCUAAAUCCUUCGGAAUUGGCUCCAUUCUCAACUCAGCGAGACCAACAUUCCUGAAUCUCAACCUGAAUCUCAACUCAUUGACACGUCUGCAACAAUCCACCUCUGCCAAGUCUUCGCCUAAUAUGGUUGGCAGUAAAUUAGGCCUACGUAUGACUACGCUUCAUGAAGAAACUUCAAAUACAGGAAAUCAAUUAUCUUCGCCUAUUCAAGAUGAUGAUGAAGAAAAAAGUGAAGCCGAUUAUGGUGACUACGAAACAUACCAGGCUCCGCCAAAAUUAGUAAAACCCCUGACAACUUCUCGUACACUGGACUCUCUUGUUGAGCUUCAAUCAACGAAAAUCAACACACCUAGUAUGAGUAGUAGUGGCUAUGGAUCGCAAGCUGUUUCAACAACGAAUCUAACUUCUGAAGACUCAAUUUCAAUAAAAUCGAUUAGCGUUGAUGAGACCCCAGACACUGAAUGUAGAACACUUUUUGAAAAUAAAAAACCCGAGAGAAUGGACAGUUCUUUGGUUGAAGAAACGCCUGAGGAAUAUUUUGGUGAAAUAAAUACUGAAUUGGAAAAAAUUACUGAAUCUCCGACAUCGUACAGAAAAAAUAAUUGGAGAACUGAAAAUUCGCGAAAAAAUACAGAUCAAAUUGGUGCUUACGUAGAAAGGGGAAAGAAUUGUUCUGUCGUUGUCAGUGAAGAUGAAUCAAUUCACAAUUAUGGAAAGAGUAAAGAUGUGAAUAAUUCCGAUGGUGACAAUGAAAAAAGAAAGGAAUUUGAAACAAGUCAAACAUCGAAUUCAGGGGAUGAUAGUCCCUUGGAAGGAAAUUCGAUUAUUCAAAAUAAAUUAUCGCCAGGAAAGGUUGUGAGAAGAAAGAAAACUUCGCUCAAUACGGGUAAAUUAUUAAGUUGUCAGCACAGGGCAUCAUUUCCUAUGGUCCGUCCACAAUUUUCUGAAAGUAAGGCUGCUGCUCAUUUGGAGCAGACAAUGCAACCAUCCAUGUCCUAUGAGAAUGGUGAUACUAGUUCUUCUGAGCGAAUCGAUGAUGAUACAAGUGAAAAAAGUUCAGUCUUUGGUUCGCGGCAUGAUUUAACAAGAAUUGAAGCACCAUUACCCGAUUGGGUUGUGAUUGGUGAAUCGGUUUUAAUUCGCCCUUACAGUUAUUCGGGAGUCAUUGCUUACGUAGGUCCCACGCAUUUUGCAUCAGGAAAUUGGAUAGGAGUUGAACUUGACGCGCCCACGGGGAAAAAUGACGGUACUGUUGGUGGUCAUAAGUAUUUUACAUGUCGUCCAAAGUGUGGAAUUUUCGUUAAAGUCGAUAAACUUAUUCAAGAUAAACGUGGACGAGCUCUUCGAAAUUACACUAAACAGGAUACUUCAUCUCAAUCCACAUCAUCAUCAUCAAUGCGACGAAGUUCCAGUAGAGGCGAGGGAUUACAUUCUUUGCGUCGAAGUCGAAGUCGGGGAGAAGGUCUCUGGACAUCACUAACACGUUCAUCACCCCGAAACAAGUAAAUAAAUAAUAACAUCGCUUAUUAAAUACAUCUUCGUUUCGAAUCACUAAACGAUAUCUUAAAAAAAAAAAAAUUGCCUACAUGUCUAUGGUAUAUGUAGCGACAGUGUUUUCAGUCCCUUAGAAUUUAGGGCAGCUAUUGAUUGUCAAUAAUUAUAAAUAUUGAAGAUAUUAGAACUAAAUUAAUGCGUAUAACACAAAAAGACACACACAUGUUUAAUAUUUCUUUCUUUUUUUUAAUUUUUUGUUGAUUUCAAAAAAAAACAUGUAGGCGCUACAGUUGUUUUAAUUUAUAUUUUUUAGAAUAGUACGAAUGCAUAAUAAUAAUUAUAAUAAUAAUAAUAAUAAUAUGUAAUCAUAAUUAUGUGUCGUGGGCGUAGAAACGUGAAAUUUUAACCGAUUUAUAAGCAUUCCACUGUUUUUUAUUUUUUUUUUUUUUUUUUAAUUUAAUUAUAUUUGGAACCGCUGAAAUUUUAUUUUUAUGUUUCCAAUUGUAAGUAAAACGGUAGAUUCAUAUUUGUGAUUUAAUUGUACAUUUUAAGAAUAAUCAAAAGAAUUUUUUUGCGCUCUCGAAAAAAAAAUAGCGACAUCAAUAUAAUAAUAAUUAUUAUAAUAAUAUACUAUUAUUAUUAAAUAAUAGAAAAGAUUGCUCGGCAAUUGGGGGAAAAAAAAAAGAAAAACAAAGAAAGAAGUAUUGCAUUUUGUUUUUAACGAUUUCAUAACUUUUGCAUUUCGUGAUAAUUACAAUGAACUUCGACACUUACCAAAAUUACCGUGACGGUAAUUAAAAAUUGGAAAAGUGUGAUUAUCAAAUCGAUUGUUUGUUCGUUUUCUUUUUUUUUUUUUUUUUUU